AUGCUUCUUCCUUUCUUCGUUCAUUUGCUUAUUUUAGGUUCAUUUUUUUGGAGGGGUUAUUCGAAGUUUUAUAUAGGUGGAUAUUGGGGUUCAGAUGGAUUUAGAGAUUCGGAUGGAUUUAGAGGUUCGGAUGGAUUUAGAGAUUCAGGUGGAUUUAGAGGUUCAGAUGGAUUUAGAGAUUCAGAUGGAUUCAGAAGUUCAGAUGGAUUUAGAGGUUCAGAUGGAUUCAGAGGUUCAGAUGGAUUUAGAAGUCCAGAUGGAUUUAGAGGUUCAGGUGGAUUUAGAGGUUCAGAUGGAUUUAGAGAUUCAGGUGGAUUUAGAGGUUCAGAUGGAUUUAGAGAUAUAGGUAGAUUUAGAGGUUCAAAUGGAUGUAGAUGUUCAGAUGGAUUUAGAGGUUCAGAUGGAUUUAGAGGUUCAGAUGGAUUCAGAGGUUCAGAUGGAUUUAGAGAUUUAGAUGGAUUUAGGGGUUCAGAUGGAUGUAUAGGUUUAGAUGGAUUUAGAGGUUCAGAUGGAUUUAGAGGUUCAGAUGGAUUUGGAGGUUCAGAUGGAUUUAGAGGUUCAGAUGGAGUUAGAGGUUCAGAUGGAUUUGGAGGUUCAGAUGGAUAUGGAGGUUCAGAUGGAUUUAGAGAUUCAGAUGGAUUCAGAAGUUCAGAUGGAUUUAGAGGUUCAGAUGGAUUUAGAGAUUCAGAUGGAUUUAGAGAUUCAGGUGGAUUUAGAGGUUCAGAUGGAUCUAGAGGUGCAUUGAAAUAG